AUGACCACCUUACCAACGCAGACAACAACACCGCACAAUUUCCUCGAAUUGUCAAGCAAGGAUGCCCUUGCGAAGGAGUUCGUAGGCAAGCCGCUCGAAGCAUUGAGAACGCCAGCAUUCGUCAUCGAUAGGGCCGUUUUCGCGAAAAACUGCGCUAGGAUGCAUGCGAAUGCUGAGCAAUGGGGAGCGAGCUUCAGAGCACAUCUGAAAACACACAAGACUGCGGAAGGAACUAGGUUGCAGUUGAUUUCAAGCGUAGCUAAGACAGAUGCUGUGGUCGUAUCGACAAUGAUGGAAGCUUGGCAAGUCGUAAAAGCUCGGUUGGUGGCGGAUGGAACAGUGAAGGAUAUUCUGUAUGGUCUGCCUGUCGCGAUCAACAAACUAAAGGACCUCUCAGAAUUGUGGGACGAGGUGUCUCCGUACGGUGGAGUGGUUCGCCUCCUCGUUGAUCACCCGAGACAGGUUGAGGCACUUGAGGCAUUCGAAGGAUCUAGAAAUAUUCCCCGAAAAUGGUCAGUCUUCGUCAAAGUGGAUGGUGGACAAAGCCGAGCUGGAGUAUCAACCACAACACCAGAAUUUGAGUCGCUGUUAACAACACUGUUCGCAUCUCAAGCGAUUUCCGUGUAUGGAUUCUACUGCCACGCUGGUAACGCGUACGCAUCGACAUCGUUGACGGAGGCAUCGUCCUUUCUCUCCUCCGAAGUCGAGGCUGUGAACAAGGCGGCCGAAAUCGCCAAUUCAUUGAUUUCUCGGUCUCAAGGAGGAGGAAAUCGGGAAGCCUUCGUCCUCUCGGUUGGCUCAACUCCUACCGCUCACAGCGCAUCGGCAGAAACAAGAGCUAGACUCUCGUCUCUUCUACAUGGCACGCUAGAGUUGCACGCAGGCAACUAUCCCAUGCUUGACCUACAGCAACUACACACAAACCUCAUUGACCCUCAACAAAUUGCGCAACGUGUCCUGGCAACCGUGAUAUCAUAUUAUCCUAGACGAGGCCCUAACGGCUCUGACGAAGCCCUUUGCGAUGCCGGGGCCAUUGCCAUGAGCAAAGACACUGGGCCAAGCGGCGGAUAUGGAGAUGUCAUUGGAAAGUCGUGGCAAUUGGGCAGGGUAUCCCAGGAGCACGGCAUUUUGACGCGAACAACCGGUAGCCCCGGUGAUGUGUUGGACAUCGGAAGUGUGGUGCAAAUUAUUGGACAGCAUGCGUGUCUGAUUGCAGCUGCAUAUCCCUGGUAUUAUGUUGUGGAUUCUGAUCUAGAGGGAGGCGGAGACGAGGUAGUAGAUGUGUGGGUUCCAAUGAAAGGCUGGUGA